ACACACACGCCAAGCAGCCCAUUUGCUGAAGGGGUGUGCAUGUGCGUGCGAGGGAGUGGAAAGGGGUGGCGGGGAUGGAGGAAGGGAAGCCAGGGGAAAGUCUGACACUCGGCGCAGAAGGAGCGAGACCCUCCGUCGCCGCCGGCGCCGCCGGGGAGGAGCUCGACUCUCUCGCAACGCCUCCCAAAACCCAGCCACCGGACCCGGCCCCGCACCGGGCUCACCCCGCACCUAGUCGCCGCUCCGGCUCCCCGGCAGAUUAAAUUUGGAUUGUUUGAAAUAGCGGGGAGGUAUUUCACCAUACUGCAAAAGAUACAGAAGAAGAGAGCAGAAUGAGAAUUUCUAAAGUACCAAAUGCCUGCUGUCUGUUAUCUUUAGCGAUGCUGCUCCUUCCAGUCACUGGAACAUCAAAGCAAACAAUACCAAGACUCAAGCUUUCCUAUAAAGACUUGCUGCUUUCAAACAGCUGCAUCCCAUUCCUAGGAUCUACGGACGGGCUUGAUUUUCGAACCCUGCUUCUAGAUGAGGAGAGGGGCCGGCUGCUAAUCGGGGCAAAAGACCAUAUCUUCCUGCUCAACUUGGUUGAUGUAAACAAAAAUGUAAAAAAGAUUUACUGGCCUGCAGCAAAAGAAAAGGUGGAGUUAUGCAAAUUAGCUGGGAAAGAUGCCCAUACAGAAUGUGCCAAUUUUAUCAGGGUUCUUCAGCCCUACAACCGAACCCAUGUUUACGUCUGUGGCACAGGAGCAUUUCACCCUCUCUGUGGAUACAUUGAACUUGGCACUCACAAAGAGGAAACAACAUUCAGACUGGAUACUCAGAACUUGGAGUCAGGCAGGUUGAAAUGCCCUUUUGAUCCUCAGCAGCCAUUUGCAUCUGUGAUGGCAGAUGAGUAUCUUUAUGCUGGAACAGCUUCUGAUUUCCUUGGCAAAGACACAGCUCUAACACGUUCCCUGGGCCCUUCUCACGACCACCAUUACAUCAGAACUGACAUUUCUGAACAUUACUGGCUUACUGGAGCAAAGUUCAUUGGAACUUUUCCCAUUCCGGAUACCUAUAACCCAGACGAUGACAAAAUCUACUUCUUUUUCCGAGAAAUAUCGCAAGAUAGUGGCACAUCUGACAAGACAAUUCUUUCUCGAGUUGGAAGAGUUUGUAAGAAUGAUAUGGGAGGUCAACGGAGCCUAAUAAACAAGUGGACUACUUUUCUGAAAGCCAGGCUUGUGUGCUCAAUACCCGGUCCUGAAGGAGCAGACACACAUUUUGAUGAGCUGCAAGAUAUAUUCCUGCUUUCUACAAGAGAUGAGAGAAACCCUCUUGUAUAUGGAGUCUUCACUACAACAAGCUCCGUCUUCAAGGGCUCUGCAGUUUGUGUGUACAGCAUGGCAGAUAUCAGAGCUGUUUUCAAUGGCCCCUAUGCUCACAAAGAGAGUGUGGAUCAUCGAUGGGUGCAAUACGAAGGUCGUAUCCCAUAUCCCAGACCUGGUACAUGUCCUAGCAAAACCUACGAUCCACUAAUAAAAUCUACAAGAGACUUUCCUGAUGAAGUCAUUAGCUUUAUAAAACGCCAUCCUCUGAUGUACAAAUCCGUUUACCCGGUGACAGGAGGACCAGUAUUCACUCGGAUCAACGUGGACUAUCGGCUGACGCAGAUUGUUGUGGAUCAUGUCAUGGCAGAGGAUGGGCAAUAUGAUGUUAUUUUCCUAGGAACAGAUGUAGGCACAGUCUUGAAAGUUGUGAGUAUCACAAAGGAGAAGUGGGCUAAGGAGGAAGUGGUCCUGGAAGAGCUGCAGAUAUUCAAGCACCCUUCGUUUAUCUCAACUAUGGAGAUUUCUCAGAAGCAGCAGCAAUUGUACAUUGGUUCCAGGGAUGGAUUGGUUCAGCUCUCUCUGCACAGAUGUCACACGUAUGGGAAGGCUUGUGCAGACUGCUGCCUUGCCAGAGACCCAUACUGUGCCUGGGAUGGAAACUCCUGUUCCAGAUAUGCUCCCACUUCUAAAAGGCGAGCCAGAAGGCAAGAUGUCAAAUAUGGAGACCCUGUAGCACAAUGCUGGGAUGUGGAAGACAGCAUUAGUCAUGAAACUGCUGAUGAAAAGGUGAUUUUUGGCAUUGAAUUUAACUCAACUUUUCUGGAAUGUAUUCCUAAGUCCCAGCAAGCCUCUAUUAGGUGGUACAUUCAACGCUCUGGAGAAGAACAUCGAGAAGAGCUGAAGGCAGACGAAAGGAUCAUCAAAACCGAGCACGGGCUGCUGAUCCGCAGCUUGCAAAGACGGGAUGCGGGAGCCUAUUUCUGCAAAGCCCAGGAACACACCUUUGUCCAUACCAUAGUAAAGCUGAAUUUAAACGUCAUUGAGAAUGGGCAAAUGGAAAGCACUCAGAAAACUGAGGAUGAGGAGGGGCGCGUGAGGGAUUUGCUGACAGAGUCCCGGCUGCGGUACAAGGACUACAUCCAGCUCGUCAGCAGCCCCAGCUUUAGCCUGGAUGAGUACUGUGAACAGAUGUGGCACCGAGAGAAACGGCGGCAGCGAAACAAAGGUGGUGCCAAAUGGAAGCAUGUGCAGGAGAUGAAAAAAAAGCGAAACCGAAGGCACCAUGAGCUGGCCAGGCCACCAUCUACGUAGUUUGCAAACACUAUUUAAAGAAAGGACAUUUUCCACAAAAAAAAAAAAAAAAGAAAAAAGAAAAAGAAAAAAGAAAAAAUACUGUGUUUUGUUUUUGUGCAUCUUGCCUAUGAAUUAGUACUGCUUCUUAUUGAAAUCAGAUAGCUCACCAUCAUUGUACAAGACUGUACAAUGGGAUUUGAUACCAAAUGACAUGAUCCUUAUUGGAGUACCACACGCCAGACAAUAAUUUUGAAUGCAUUCAUUAAAAAGAUGUACACUUUUAGCUAAUUUCUGGGUAGCCUGAGGCUACGCGAGCUGUGUUCUGUACUUCCUGCAUAAUUUUCACAUAGGAUUUAGUGUCCGUGUUCCCAUGUUAAUAUUUGCUCCGAUGUUCCACCCCAGAGGUGGCUCCAUUUCAGGGGGAGGACAGAUGUAUUCAUAGUUCUUUGGCAUCUUUCUGAAUAAGAAGCACAGUAGAAAUGUGUGACAGAUCUGCAAAAAUACCCACUAAUUUACCCAUUGGGCUUGUAUACAGGCAAAUGGGUGGGGUUUACUAGCACAGAGAGGCUCAGCAAAAAAUCAAAUUAAGUAUUGGCUUAGGGACAACAUUGAUUUUCCCCAUUAAAAAAAAAAUAAAAGAGAGAGAGAGAGAAAGCAUAAUCAUAGUUUAAGAGAGGGAAAUUAUCAAGCCUUAUUCAUUAGAGUUUGAUAGCCACCAGUUUGCAGUCCAUCUGCUGAAAUGAAAUGUUCACUCUAAUUGAAACUGCCACUGAGAUGCUUGGGAGUAAAUUUCCUAAGUGUUGUGUGGGAGGUAUGUGCACAAAUCCUAUUAACAAAUAAUGGGAUUCCUGCCUACACCUCUCCUGUCCAUCUGAGUGUUAUACUCUGGCUGUUUCCCUGGCCCUUUGCUAGCCUUAUUUUAUGCAGAGGAAAAGAAAAAUAAAGGACAACAAGAAAGCUAAAACAAAAGACGAUGAGGGAAGAUAUUAAUGGCUGAGACCAGUGCUCUUGACACAGAGCUGACAUUCCUCAGAUGUGUGUAUUCUUUGGGAUUUUCUCCCAAAGGUCCUAUGUAUUUUUAAGUUGAAAAUUUGCAUUGUUGGAAUUAAUACUUUUAUUAUAAAUAAAUGAAACAAAAGAUGUCCAUGUGUAAAUAAAACUUGUAAGUUAGAAAUUUGCUAUAUACCAUGAUUCCAUUUGUAAAUUUUUCCUUGUUCCUCAGUUCAUAUUUUGGUUGUAGGAGUGUAAAUCUUUUCAUAUAAGCAGGAAACCCUGGCCUCAUUCUUGUCUAUUUGACAUCAAUAUGAUUUCAUUGGACUUAUUCCUGAUAUGCAGCAACAAACACAAGCUCAAAAUCAGGCCUACUGUUUCUUCUCAUGAGUCACAGCCCUUCUUUCUUCUCUUCCAGCUAAUGUCCUCCGUUUGCCUUUCACGCCUUUUUGAGUGUGAAAUGACAAAUUAGCCACUUCCUCACAUGGAAGAGAGCUUUGAUGGAUAACAAAAUGACAGACUUUACUCAUUUCUCAUGCAUUCUGCAGAUUGGGAGAGCAAAGUCUGUGGGAAAUCUGUGUAAUUGGUGUGUCCCUCAUUAAGGAACUGAGAGCAUUGCUUCAGAAAGUUGUAGAUUUGCCUUUACCCACGCUGGUGUUUGUGUGCGCAUUCAGUCCCGGGUUGAUAACUGUGUAGCUACCAUUUUCAUCACUAUUCAUUUCCUUUCUGUUGUAAGUCAGAUACAGCAAUGUGUAUGUCAGACUUCAGAAAGGGAUCUCAACUCACCCAUGCUUCCUCUAAAAACCGAAAGCUGAGCUUGCAUGUAUUUUAUAAAAGCCAGAAAUACCAUAUGUCAUUAAUUUUAGAUGCUUUUAUUUUUAUUUUUAAAUAGAUGUAUGAGUUAAUUAGGAGAUAUUAGAUGGCAUGCAUACAAUGCUUUGAUAGUGUAAAGCACUGAGUGCUAGAUAUUAUAAUGUCUGUGGGGAGGAGGGAAUUUCUCAUCAUAGAGCCUUUAAUCAGCAGAGAGACUGAUGCUGAAGACACUAACCAGAAGUACAGGACUUUGAGCACCUGCUGAGAACUUUUUUUUUGCCAUUUUUGCAGCAAAAUAACUUAGGCCAGGCAUUUCACAGGAGACUCAUCAUUUUGAGUACCUUGAGUUUAAAGCCAAUUAAGACUACUUAAAGGAGAUUAUGGGGGGUAUUAAACUACUAAAUGUAAAACACCCUAUGACUGGUGUACUCAGUAUUUUUGGAUGGAAGGUUGUAUUGUCAUCAUACAGAACCUGCUCAGUUAUUCCUUAUUAGAUUUUUAUCAGUCCAUAAAGUCCCAUUUCUCUUAUUUUUUAUUAAGUAAAUGAGUGGAAUCACAGCAAGGCUGUGGUCUACAUUUACAUGCACUGACAAAGGGCCUACUCUUCUCACCAGUUGUGACACAGUAUUUUAAUUUUAGAAAACUGUCAUUUCAUGUUUGCCUAGAAGCAAGUCAGUUAUUAUUAUUUUUUUUUCUUCCCUCCUUCGUGAAAACUAAAUUACUUGAUUUAUGUUUAGAUAUAACUGAUGGUAUGUAUUCUACAAAUGAACCCUUCCCCCACUGACUUUAGUAGAAGUCUUGAAUGACUAAGGGUCUGAGUGCUGGGAGCAUUAGAUUUAAAUGGUUGAAUUAAAAUGUUAUUACUCUAAAAAACAACUUUCAUUUCUUUUAUUUCCAAUGUUGUUGCAAUGAGAUUCUUCUUAAAGAAAUUACCUCAUCAGUCUGGGUAGCAUAAAACCCCAAGUGAGAUAUAAGGCCACUUCCAUCAUGGGGAAAUAAAUUCAAUAUCCUCCAAACUAGUGGUCUGUACUGGGUUCAUACCACCCCAGGGGGCAUAUUUAAUAAUAUUGCACUGAUAAAUGUCUCUGUUUUGAUACAUUGGAUGAGGUAUGUAUACUAAAGCUGUCAGGGCUAGCACAGCUUCUCAUGCACAGAUCUGACAUGUCCGAGGAGGCCAGAGGAUGUUGGGGACCAGGGACUGAAUGGGACAUAUCAAGGAUCACUUCAGAAAACAGGGUUUUGCUAGGCAGGACUCCAUAAUGCAAACCCAGGACUAGGAGCAGGAGGAACCAUGAGUCUUUCAGCCGCCUGCAGUCCCAGAGAGGAGUUUAUAGGAUGAGCGAGACUAGAAACUAGACCAGUAGAGGACUGGGAAGUAUCAUUUUAUUUUCAGGGAAAAAAAAAAAAA